GCAAUGCAUGAGAGAAGACAACACUCCCGUAAUUAAUUUCAGGAUAUUUCAACAGGUCAACUUUGCUUUUGUCAUCUAAUAAUUUUGUGUAUUUUGCGUUAAAGACGCCUGCGAUUGGGAGUUUGCAGUAAAACCCGCUGUUAUCUUCUCCUCUGUCUCUUCCCCGGAUUCCGCUAUCGAACAACGGCUUCUUCAAGAUCGACUAAACGAUACCCCUGUGUUCGCUACGCUGGAACAACGCUAUGACGAGACGAUUCGAAUAGAGAUCUGAAUAUUCGUUGUACGAGCGAUCAGCGAGACAGUGUCUGAAUUGGCUUCGAGAUUACAGAGACAAGAUACGAGCGGGCGCAAUGGCGACGGCUCGCAGAUGGGCGCGCAAGAUCGAGCGUUGCUGUUGUACAUUUGCGACAUACUUUCCCCUGGCUUUCGUUUACGGUUUGACAUCAUGGGCGGUAUGGGUGGUUGUAUGCAUCGGUAAUGCCAGCAGAAAGAGCAGCUGGAUAGGCACUGGCUCCUCGAUAAUAGGCGUUGUACUUUACGUUAUGCUCAACUGGUGCUACACUACCGCUGUCUUUACACCUCCCGGCUCGACGACGAACGAUAUGGGUUAUGGGCUCCUUCCUACACAAAAUACGCCGCAGGGUACCUCCUUUACGGUCAAGAGUAACGGCGAGUUUCGAUUCUGCAAGAAGUGCCAGGCUCGUAAGCCUGAUCGUGCGCAUCACUGCUCUACGUGUCGACGAUGUGUUCUGAAGAUGGAUCACCACUGCCCCUGGUUAGCAACGUGUAUCGGCCUGCGCAACCACAAGGCAUUCCUCCUGUUCCUUAUCUAUACGACUGUUUUCUGCUUCUGGUCAUUUGCGGUCAGCGGAUCAUGGGUUUGGUACGAGGCGCUGGAUGAUCAGGAAUACAUCGAUACUUUCCUACCUGUCAAUUUUAUCAUGUUGAGCGUCAUCAGCGGAAUUAUCGGUCUCGUUGUUGGUGCUUUUACAGGAUGGCAUAUUCAUCUGGCUCGUUGUGGACAGACUACAAUCGAGUGUCUCGAAAAGACACGAUAUCUAUCACCAUUGCGCAAGACCUACCACUCGGCCCACGACCCCGCAAACAACGUACCGGAAGCUGCUCGCCAAUUCGUCGACUUUCACACAAACGCUCUACCUGGUAUCACUCGACCCGAAGAGGGCGAGGAGCGACGGUCAUAUCCCCCUGACGGUUCUCAUCCUGUUCAACUUUCGUACGCUCAGCGAGAACGAGAACAACGACAAAGGCGAUAUGAGGAGUAUCUUGACGAACAAGAUUCUGAGAAGCUACCCAAUGUCUUCGACCUCGGCUGGAAACGUAACCUGUUGCAUCUAUUUGGACCUACUCCUGCGCUUUGGUUCUUCCCUGUGUCCAACACAACAGGGGAUGGUUGGACGUGGGAAGCUAGUAGCAAGUGGCUUGAGGCGCGGGAUCGACUUAAAGCUGAGCGAGAGCAACAACGAGCUCGUGAGGUAAAUGCCGGUUGGGGAUCACCGGAUGAUGUUCCUGAUAUCCCCGAACGACCUACAGGAGCAGGACGACAUUUCACACCUGGACCAAAGCUCGCAGGACCCAAGACGAUGAGUAAGGCUGAUCGAGUUCUGGGCCGCGAUCCUAACCUUUAUGCCGACGCAACACAAAAUGUGCCUAUGAGUCGACUCAGCCCUCGAGGUCGAACAGUAGACGACGAGCUUGCAGACUUGGACAGUGAUAACGAGGAUGGUUUCAUCGACACCAAUAAUCCCGAGCCAGAAAACGGCAAGCUGAGCCCAAACUUCACAUCAGAAGCUCAACGUCGUGACGACGCUGAGGCUCGCGCCCUUGAAGUCGUCACCAACGGUAACUGGGGCCGCGGUGGAGCGAGUGGUAUGCUUCGAAAGGGAAGCUCACAAAGCAGUCCCCUCAGCAGAACACCGAGCAAUCUCAGCCGUUCAGGGACACCAAAGUUCCAAGACGAAGGUGUGGAUUAGAAAUUUGGAGGGUUGUGUUUUCGAAAGCGAAUGAAAUGAAUGAGGUUCCUCAACGUUUAACGUUUCUUGUCAUGAGAGAGUUUUUUUGUCCUAUUCUUUUAUUUUCAAGUUCGAUUAUUAUAUUAUUAUUCUUCCUGGUACAGAUUACUUUUUAUCCCAAUACGUUUUGACGGAGUUUUAGUCGAUG